AUGGCUUCGUUACCGAAGAGAAUCAUCAAGGAAACUGAAAGGUUAGCCAGUGAUCCAGUACCUGGUAUCAGUGCCGAACCUCACGAGGACAACCUACGUUAUUUCGCUGUCACUAUUGAAGGUCCCGAAGAAUCACCAUAUGAAAACGGUGUCUUUGAACUAGAACUAUAUUUACCCGAUGAUUAUCCGAUGGAAGCACCAAAAGUUAGAUUCCUGACAAGAAUAUACCACCCAAAUAUCGAUAGAUUGGGCAGGAUUUGUCUGGAUGUCUUAAAGAACAAUUGGUCACCUGCGCUACAAAUAAGAACGGUUCUACUUUCCAUUCAAGCCUUAUUGGCUAGCCCAAAUCCAAAUGAUCCACUAGCUAAUGAUGUCGCAGAGGAAUGGAUCAAGAAUGAAGAACUAGCAAUUUCAAAGGCCAAGGAAUGGACAAAAUUAUACGCAGGGAAAAGGUGA